UAAAAAAAGUAUAGAAAGUAAAAUGGCCGCUAGACCAUUGAUAGCGGCUUGCUGUCAAAAUAGUGGAAUCAUUUUAGACGACGCGUCGUAUACUAUUACUUGUAUUGAAACAAUCUGAAUGCAUGUUAUUAAUUUACAGACCGAAUGAAUUACAUAGUUUAUACCUGUGUUGACUCGAAUAUUACUCUGCGGAGGUCAUUUACACCUUCGCAACAGGCUUCGUGUCGUGCCCAUUGAAUUCCAUUCCACACUGUUUACUUGUGAAAAUGAGUGAAGAGGGCAGUGAGGACUCACCACCAAGGCCUAAGCGCAAGAUUAAAAAAGUGAUGGUGCUUUCAUCAGACUCUAGUUCGGAUAGCGAUGAAAGCGUCGCGGGAACGGGAUCACGUAGGAAGAGAUUGAGGGUGCUGAGUGAUGAAGGGAGCGACAGCAGUGGUAGUUCGGUGGUGUGCGCGGGAGCUCGUCGGAAACGCACACUGCCUAAGUUGCGGGAUUCUGAUGGCGACAGCGACACGUCAGGAUGGGCCACGGACCAUUCAGACGCACCCAAACCCACAACAGCAGUGAAACCUAUUUCUGGCUUUGCAUCAGAUAGCUCAGAAGGCAAUUCUGACAAAUGUUCAAUUUGUCUAAUGCGUUUCACCAACCAAGAAGUUGGGACACCCCAGAACUGUGAACACAUAUUCUGCCUAGACUGUAUCACAGAGUGGUCACGAAAUGUCAACACUUGUCCUGUGGAUAGAAUGAACUUUGAUUUUAUAGUUGUGAGGGCCUGUGCUGGGGGUCGUGUACUACGCACUGAGCCAGUGAAGGUUGUAGAGCGCAGGCCUUCUGUUGAUCUACUUGUCAUUGAAGAUCCCACCAUCUGUGAGGUGUGUGGCCGCACAGAUAAUGAAGAGACUAUGCUCCUCUGUGAUGGCUGUGAUCUCGGGUAUCACAUGCAGUGUCUCACACCACCACUGUCUGAGGUGCCUGCAGAGCAGUGGCUUUGUCCUAAUUGUGACAAUCUGUUGACAGAUGUAGACUAUCUAUUCUCUAGCAUCAGAGACGUUGAUGUGCCAUCUAGAUCUAGUGCACUUGUCAGGGAAGGAAGAGUAGUUAGGUCAUCAAGAAGUCAUAGAGCUUCAGAUGAACCUUCCACAUCAUCUGGACACAGUGGUAGUCAAUUGAAUUUUGAUGAUAUACCAACAACAUCUAGAGGCACAUCCUCUCGGUCAGCCAAUAGCACUACCUCAAGAACAUCUACAGCUAGGCACAAAACUACAGCUCAUACAAAUAGAAGAAAACCAAAGAAAAGGCGAACUAAAACAGUAAUUAUUGAGUAUGAAGUUCAAGAAAAUGGGAAAUUUCCAGUAACAAAGAGAGUCAAAAGGAAACUUAAGAAACGAAAGUCCAAGAGACGUCAGCCGCGCACGGCGGCCCGGCGCUCGCACGUGCUGGCCAGCGUCCGCGCCAAGCUGGCGGGCGCGGGCCUGUCGCGGCAGGGCGCGGCCGUCGCGCGGCCCGGCCUCGCCUCGGCUGGCGACCUCCAGCUGUCCACAUCCCGCCAGCGUGCCGGCAUCCCGGCGCUGAGUAUAUUUGGCAAUCCCCAUGAAAUAGAAUAUUUCUCCGAGGAGGACGAAGGAGUCUCUGAAAGCGCCAGCACGGCCGUGGCGGCCAGACCCACGUCCAACAUUCUUAGUGCAUACCGACAGGCUAGAAGAAAGAUGAUCUCCAUUCCUUCGCCUCCUCACGCGUCAUCGGCUCCUGAUGUUCUUUCUUCUAUCCUCGAAAGUCAAACUUUACUUCAUUCAAAGAAAUCUGUGGUAUCGAUUUCCGUAGACGGGAGUGUAAAUAUAAAACUAGAAACCCGCGAGAAGAUACCUAAGAAAAUGUCAGACGAACCAAAAGAAAACAAUAAGGUUGACAUUACGCGAGGGGAGGAUGCUGCAAAGAAAGUACCUUCGUAUCCUGGACAAUCCCGCGGCGGCCGAGGCUGGGGCGGCGGGUACACCGGGAACUACCAUCGCGAGCAAGGCUCCAGUAACCUGAACAACAGAGGUGGCAACUACGACAACAACUACAGCUCUGGAGGCUACCAGAACCGACAGGGGAACGCCUUCAACCAAAACAACGGCCGGCGCGAUGACCAGGAUGCCUACAAUAACUACUCCAGGCGAGUGCAUCAGUACCCACAGGGUGACGAACUGCAGUUUGAUCGGAACAGAAGACAGCCGCCAGAGCAGAAUAGAGGCCAGAACAACCAACAGCGCCAUAAUGAGCAAAACCGAUACAGCUUAGCACCGUCGUGGCAACCGUACGUGCCGCCCCCUGUCGGGCCUAGGAACGAUCCUCCUAUUCAGCAUAGGCACUCAUUUGGAGGUUUUGAAAAUCCCCUUGAUAUGAGAAUGGGUCCAAUAAGGCGACAAAACUCAGCAAAUAACACUCCAGCACUCAACGAAUCACAAAGCGUGCAGCAUCAGGCCACGAAGCCGCAAGCGCAGCCGUACCGUCCCCUGCCGGAGCCGCCCGUGUUUAGCUUCAAUAAAACUGCUGACCUCGAUAAAUCUGAGGACGAGAAGAGUGAUUCUAGUUUAGUUAUAGACACCGAGAAAUACGAUCCCACGGAACCCACGAACGAUGAUGACAGUGGAGACGACGACACUGCCACUCCGGCAGCCACCGAGCCACAACCCAGCGCAGCCCCCCCAGCACCCUCGCCCCCGUCAGUGGCGGGGCUGGGCGGUGACGCGCUGGGCGUGUUGGGCGGUGACGCGCUGGGCGUGCUGGGCGGCGACACACUGGGCGUGCCUCACGGCGUGCUGGACAGCGCCGUGCGGCAGGUGCUGCAGGAGCACCGCGACCUGCUGGCGCCCGCCGCGCCCGCCCCCCCCAGCGCCAGCGACGACGACGACGAGGGCGACUGCCCCAACUUCUCCAUAUACUCCGCCACCAGCGUGCAUAUUGCCAACAACACGGCCGACCUGCCCAGCGACCCGCCGCCCGCGCCCGCGUCUCUGCACGACAACCUGGAGGACCUGGUACAAGAGGAUGACGAGGCGCCAGAUCCUCCCGACCUCGUCGAGGCCGACACACGCACCCAGCUCGAGUCCUCCCAGCAGUCCACUCGGACAGAGACAGUGAGCGCGCGCUACACUGCUGAUUCUAUUUCUAAGAGAAAAUCAGAAGAAGAGUUAAAAGAAAAAGUAUCGAAGCGUUGUCCGAUCACGACGAAUCCGCGUAAUCCCAUAAAGAUAAAGCUCAACACACCGUCGCUAAUUAAACGACAAGUCAGUCUUUACGAUGAAGAUUUAGAGGACGAAGAGGAAGUGAUCGAGGAGAAGGAGGCCGCGGGGUCCGUGGAGCCCGACGUGGAGGCGCGAGACAAGCGCGCCAGUAGCGAGCGCGGGUCCCCCCUCUGUGAUGAGCAACUGUCCUCCGAGCCCGUACUCGAUGCCCAACUGUCCACUUCAACCGAUGUCAAGGACAAAGAUCCGGAUGCAGCACUAGUCGAGAGCCGGAAGAAUUCUGCUGAAACAGACGAGCAGGUCACCUCUGACAUCGAGGCAGAUCAAGCCCCCCCUGCAGUGCCGGCCGCGGACCAGCCGGGGGAGGGCGAGGACACGCCCGGCAGCGGCACCCCGCCGCGCCGGUGCAGCUCCCCGGACCUGUCUGCCUCCGACACUGAGCUACCGCUGCUCGACCAGUCGCCCCGGAAGGGCUCUGUGGACAGAACUGAUGAUCUAAUUGAAAAAAUGACUGAAUCUAUUAGUGAAACCGAAGACGAGCGCAGUUACACACCAUGCCUCGACGAGAACAAGUCUAAAGAUACAUCGCUAGAGACAGAGAAAGAAAAAGGCAUCGAGGGCCUCGACACCGAGAUGAUAUCUGAGGACGAGGGCAACGGCUUGUUCUCCGAUAACGAGCGUGCGCCCUCCGAGCAGUCGCGCGGCUCUCCGGCCAAGCUGCCCGCCAACGAGAACGAAGAGGGAGAGAUCAUCGACAAGAAGAAGGAGGCGCGCGCCGACGACGGCAAGAAGAAGAAAAAGAAAGAAUCCAAGAAGGAGAGCAAGGACAAGACUAAGACUAAGGGCAAAAAGGGAGAGGUCGCUUUUAAGAAGCUCAGCAAGAGUGGCAAGGAGAGGAACUACAGAGAUAAAGAUAAAAAACGGGAACGGCGAGACUCCAGCGACGGAGAGCGCGAGCGUGCCAAGCAGCGCCGCAAGGAGCGCAGGAAGGACCUCGAGCGGUACGACGUGCGCACCGUCGUCUCCGACAAGCGGCGCCGCCCCAAGGACGCCUUCGGCCGCGACGUGUCCCCCCGCGCGCGGUCCCCCAGCCCGUCUCGCCCCUCCCGUGCCUCCCGCUCGCCCCGCCCCAUCCGCGCGUCCCGCUCUCCCCGCCUGCCCCGCGCAUCGCGUUCGCCCCGCCUACCCCGUGCAUCCCGCUCCCCCCGACUCCGUGCGUCACGCUCCCCCCGCCCUACUCGAGCGUCCCGCUCGCCCCGCGCGCCGCGAGGGUCCCGCUCGCCCCGCCUGUCCCGGUCCCCGCGCGUGUCCCGGUCCCCCCCGCGACUGACACCAGUGCGGCGCGGCCGCAUGUCGGUGUCGCCGCGGUCGUCGGGGCGCGCCGCGUCCCCGCCGCGCGUGUCCCGGCGCCGCCGCCGCUCGACUGAGCGUGAGAAGCGAGUGGAGUCCCGCAAGCGACGUUCUGUUGAACGUUCGCGCAAACGACGUCGUUCUGUCUCCGGUUCCAAAAGUCCGCGUUCUAAACCUACAAAGAGAAAGAAACGCAUUCGCUCCGAACGAUCCGCCUCUCGACGUCGCUCUCCACGAAGGCGCAGCCCGCGUCGCCGUCGCGGCCGCCGGCGCAGCGCGAGUCGCUCGCCGGAGCCGUCCCCGGCUGGCUCGGGGGGCGUAGCACCAGCCGCAGGCUCGGGGGGCGCGGGCUCCAUAGACUCGCAGCUGCUGUCCCCUCGCACGCCGCCGCCGGAGCCCGAGCCGGUGCGGGCGCGCCGUCGCCGCGACCCCGCGCGACACCGCCGCGCCAGGGACGCGCCCGGCCCCUCUAAAGAAGUGUUCACAUCAGGAGACAAUAUUCUUGUCAGCGUCAGCUUCAAGGAACAAGAGCGCGCGGAGGACGACGAACGUCGGUCACGUAGACGCUCUCGCCGGCGACGCAAGCGACGAGCGACAGCCCCGGACAGCGACGCGGCGGCGCCCCGGCCCGUAGCCAUCAUAGACCUGGAGCGCUCGCCCUUCCGCGAGCUCACUCCGUCGCCGCGCAACGUCAUCGUGCUCAGUGACAGCGAGCCAGGCGAGAAGGAGGCAGAACGCGCGGCGGGGGCCGGUCCGCCCGCGCCCGUGGAAGCCGUAGGGCCGAAGACUCCCCCGUCCCCGGGCCGCAGCGCGCCCGAGCCGGCGCCCGAGCAGGGUGAGGCGGAGGAGGCGCGAGGGCCCAACACGCCCCCAGAACCGCCGGACUCGCCGGACGCGUACGACCCGUACGAGCCGACGCGCUCGGCCUCGGGCUCGCCGCGCUCGGCCCCGGCCGCCAGCCCGGCGCGGACCUGCAUCACGCUAGAGACGGCGCAGAAGACCAACAUGUCGGCCGACGAUGUCAUCGACCGUCGCCCACUCUCACCCAUUGAAAAGGUGAUGGCGUUGCUACAAUCCACUCGCGAUGUAUCGCCGGAGCCCCCGCCUAGCGAGACGACGGCGCCCCCGGCGCCCGCCCCGGUAGAGACUGUAACCCCUGCGGCCGCAGCCGCGCCGGGCCCGCUGGGGGCGCCAGCCACGGCCGCGCCGGCGGCCCCGGCCCCGGCGCCGCCCGUGCGCAUCGUGCUGCCUUCACCCACGCGCUCGCAGCCGCCUAAAUUGUUCCUGGCGAAGCCCUCCCCGAUCAAGUCGGACCCUAUCAAACCUAUGCAAGCCACUAAGAUCCAGCGGCCGGCGGCGCUCGGCCCCAGUACGGCGGCCGUGGCGGCGCGGCGCCGGGAUGGGCCGGAGUCGGACGGCGACGCGGACUCGCCGUACUCGCCGGGCUCCAGCGACUUCGGCGACCUGUUCGAGCCCCCGGCCGGGGCGCGCGGCGGCUUCGACGCGCUGCUGGAGCGCCCGCGCCGCAAGCGGCCCGGCGCCGCCGCCAAGGUGCCGGUCAAACUCAGCCGGAAGAAAGGUAAAACACAAGUGGGAGUCAAGAUCGACGAGGACAACUUGAAGAUUCUCGACGACCUUCCCAGCUCCGCCGUCGAGAUGCAAGUGAAGAGCAAAUUCCUGAAGAAGCUGAACCGGCAGGAGCGCGUCGUGGAGGAAGUCAAGCUGGUACUGAAGCCGCACUACAACAAGAAGCACGUCACCAAGGACGAGUACAAGGACAUCCUGCGCCGCGCCGUGCCCAAGAUCUGCCACAACAAGACGGGAGAAAUCAAUCCAGCUAAAAUUCAGGCGCUCGUAGAGGCGUAUGUGAAAAAGUUCAGAAAAAAACAUAAACUGGGACUAGUGUAGUGACGCUAGCGGUGUCUAGUGGAGACUAGAGGCGACCGGUGGCGACCGGAGGCCGGCUGUAUACAUAGUGUAGCAUAGAGACGGGGGUGCAGGCCUGCCUGCCUCUUCUAUCAGAAUAAUAUUGUAAUUAUAAUUUAUGUAAUGACGAUCUAUUUUACUUAAACUUUUAUUUAAAUAAAUAGUAUUUAAUUAUGAAAGUAACACUUAGAGUAUUAUUUUAUUCAUUUCAUUGGAUCGUUACACUUGUCGUGAUUACUACGAAUACGUGUUCAGUAAUGCUUGUUUAUUGUAUAAACUUACUGCUACUUAUAGUACUGUAUUGAUAUUGUGUAAACAAAUGCAUAUUGCAGCACAUAUAGAUGCGAACGGAGAUUUAGAUGAUUCGCUAAAAAUAAGUGUUACAAGUCAGUCAUUCAGGAAAUUCAUUGAAGCUUUGUGAAUAACGUAGUUACAGGUGAAUGUGUGUACACAGUCGCUGAAUCUUGAAUAUUGUAUUCAUUGGAGGCGUGAUCUUAUCAUUUUUAUGGCGUAUAAAAUGUUUGUAUUGUUACUGAAACGAUUAAAACAAAGCCGAACAAAAAAAGUACCUGAUCUUUGCUUUAUUUUCUUUUCGUUCUUUUUUCUUUCGUUUAA